UCCCACCUGACUCCAACCUGGAAAGCCCUUUUGAAGAAAUGGCCCUGGUGAGGGGCGGCUGGCUAUGGAGACAGAGCUCCAUCCUCCGCCGCUGGAAGCGGAACUGGUUCGCCCUGUGGCUGGACGGCACGCUGGGCUACUACCACGAUGAGAGGGCGCAGGACGAGGAGGACCGUGUGCUUAUCCACUUUAACGUCCGAGACAUAAAGGUCGGCCAAGAGUGCCAGGAUGUGCAGCCCCCAGAGGGCAGGAGCCGAGAUGGCCUGCUGACUGUGAACCUACGGGAGGGUUCCCGCCUGCACCUGUGUGCCGAGACCCGGGACGAUGCCAUAGCAUGGAAGACAGCACUGUUGGAGGCGAAUUCCACGCCGGCCCCAGCUGGAGCCACCGUCCCACCCAGGAGCCGUCGGGUUUGCCCUAAGGUCAGGUGCACGACCCUCUCGUGGAACCCCUGUAAGGUUGAGAGGCGGAUCUGGGUACGAGUCUACAGCCCAUAUCAGGACUACUAUGAGGUGGUGCCGCCCAACGCUCAUGAGGCCACAUACGUUCGCAGUUACUACGGGCCGCCUUAUGCAGGUCCUGGUGUAACACACGUGAUAGUGCGAGAAGACCCCUGCUACAGCUCGGGCGCCCCUUUGGCUAUGGGCAUGCUUGCUGGGGCUGCCACGGGUGCUGCUCUCGGCUCACUCAUGUGGUCGCCUUGCUGGUUCUGAGCCCUGGGGCCCCCCAGCUCUGGACACACACGUAGGACGCUCAAGACCCUGUUCUUCCUGGACGGCCCUCUGCUAUCCACCAUCUAAACCCUGCCCCAUUUUGACCGUUUUCUCUCCACUAAGCCCUGGCUCAUUCCUCCCACCACUUAUCCUCCUUUCCUCUCAGAGGAAGCUAACAUCUCAGGCACAGACAUGGCUGAAAAUCUUACUUACUGCCAGAUACCCCCAUAACCACAUAUGAAUAUAUUUCUUCUAGACACAGCAAACAUAACUUCAUUGGGCUCCAAGUGUCUAAGGGAUGGAGAUCAGAAGAGAACAAACAAUAAAGCUACAGUUGUCAGUCUGGCAAGGACGUGUGGGGGCAAGGAUGGAGGCAGGCAAACAGCAGUAGAGAGCAUCUUCACAGGUCCAAAGAAUCAAAUACAGUUGGCUUGACGUUGUGGUGGGGGUAGGAUUGCGGUGGUCCUCCAGGCUACAGGGCUUGCUGCAUAAAAACAAUGGGAGCUUUUUAUGGAGGGAAGUUUCUUGAUUUCAACUAUAAUGAGUAUUUUGCCUGUUUUGUUAGUACCGGCAGAACGUAUCCUCAUCCCAACUACGGAGUUUGACACCUUCCCACUACUAGUUUCCCUGUGAUAGUUGAACUAACCCUAGGGUUUCCUGGUUGUGGGGCAGGUGAACUCCUUGGGACCUCAAGCCUUAGGGAGUUGCUUCCUUUAGGAAAUGCCUUUCUGGUCCCAGGAGCUCAGUUAGAUCGUUUUGACUGUUACCAUCUGAGGCUUUUUCUCCCUUCACUCUGGGGAGGUGGCAUUAUUUUGCUCUGGUGCCUGACCUACCUUGGCACCAGCCUGGGGAGCCCUCAUGUGCCUGCCUGUAGGUGGCAAGCAAUCUCUCCAUUCGAUCCUGUUCCAGAUUCUUCCACCACCCUGUCCCAGUUGCCAAUAGAAAAGCUAAAGUUCCUGGCUCAGUGGCCAGACUGCCCACUAAAGGUCUCUGUAG